AUGCCGCCAAGACGCUCACGAGCCUCCGUCACUGAACUCCAACCACCGGACGUCUGUUCCUCGGUGUAAAUGUACCGGGGCCGUCGGUGUUAAACGGUGUUAAACGGAGACUAGAGGCGGUGUUUGUGUUUUUAGAGCCCGUCCUGGUCCGCGGACAUGGCGGACGCGGAUGAAAUCGCCGCCUUGUGUUACCGGCGCUUCGCGGAGCUGCCCCGCAGAGGGAAGCCGGAGCCGGGCAGAGAGUGGACCCUGAUGGCCGCGGUGGUCCAGCUGACCCGGGGACAGGACUCCGGCCGAGUUGAAAAGGAGGUGGUUUCUCUCGGAACUGGAACCAAAUGCAUCGGGCGAUCUGCGAUGAGUCCCACCGGUGAUGUACUCAACGACAGCCACGCUGAAGUCAUGGCCAGGAGGGGAUGUGUCAGGUACCUGAUCCAGGAGCUGCAUCGGGUCGUCAGCGGCUCCACCAGCUCAGUGUUCGAUCAGAUGGAUGAGAAUGGGAGGUGGAGGCUGAAACCAGGCGUUUCCUUCGUCUUCUUCACCAGUCACACCCCCUGUGGGGAUGCUUCCAUCAUCCCCAUGAUGGAGAUCCAGACUCAGCCCUGCCCCCCUGUCCCAAACCUGAAGAGGAGGGUCCAGGAGCCUGACAGGGGCCCAAACACCAAACGGCCCCAUCUGGAGGUCCAGGACCCUCAUCUGGAGGAUGGAGGAGCCUCAGUAGAUCCACCUCACAGUGAAGAUCCUUCACAGAAUCCACCUCUAAAACCAGAACUAGAACCAGGUGUGGACAUCCACAGAACAGGGGCCAAGUGUGUCCCGGGGGGCCCCGCUGACCCCCUGCACCCCGGGUCUGGGUACCACAGUACAGGGGUUCUGAGGGUUAAGCCUGGCCGAGGAGAGCCCACCAUGUCCCUGUCCUGCAGCGAUAAACUGGCCCGCUGGGGGGUUCUGGGCUUCCAGGGCGCUCUGCUGGCCCACUACCUCCAGGGGGCACUGUACUUCAGCACCGUGGUGGUGGGGAAGUGUCCGUACAGCCCCGAGGUGAUGCACAGAGCGCUGGUCCAAAGAUGCUCCCAUGUAUCUGGUCUCCCUGUCGGGUUUUCAGUGAGUCCACCGGUGCUGGUCCAGUCCAGUUUGGAGUUCCCCUUUAACCAGGCCCAGACAGAGCUACAACACCAGGCCGGACAGGGACGGAUAUCCCCGUGUGGAGCAGCCAUCAGCUGGUGUAAUGUGACUGAGCAGCCACUAGAUGUCACUGCCAACGGCUACAAACAUGGAGUCACCAAGAAGGUCCUGGGUACAGCCAAGGCCAGGUCUGUUCUGUGUAAACUGGAGCUGUUUCAUUCCUUCCUGUCUCUUGUAUCUGCCACUACGUCCUCAGCUCUUCCCUCCUCCCUCAGGAGGCCGGGGCUGUCGACCUACUGGGACUAUAAACAGGCGUCCCAGUCCUACCAACAGGCCUGGAACCAGCUGCAGCACCAGGCCUUCCCCCUGUGGCCACGCAGCGACAGGAACCUCCUCCAGUUCCGCUGAGUCUAGACGCCGUCCACACUGGAACACUUUAAACACAGGUUAACAGAACCGCUGGGACCUGGGUCACGAAGAGGGUUCAACCGGACCAGAAUCUGUCACUUUAACUGGUGAUGAUGGGACCGGGUCGUCAAAGGGGAUUCAAAACCAGACUGUGUUAGAGGUUUUCUGCACUUCUUUAAAACAUCUGAAAACCAUAACUACUUCUAAACAUUUUACAUUUUGUAUUUCACAGGCGUUAAAGUCAGUUUUCUGGUCAUCUUCCGUCUCUUUUAAAUGUUUUUUGGGGAAAAUAAUGUAAUUUUUGUUCAUAUUGUAACAAAACUUACAUGGAAGGAAUAAAUACUCAAACUGUGUGACGUCGACAUUAAACGUGUGGGAAAAAAUAAUCAAAUGUAACUUGAGUAAAUGUUUUUAUUCCUGGGAUUCCCAUGUCAUUGGUUUUCUUGUUGCAGUAUAGACUCGUAAAUCAUUAACAAGUCUUAACCCUUUUUAGACAAUUGUGUCUCCGGUGGCACAGUUUUACAUACACGUCAUUCAAAUGAAUAACUCCUGAACCGUUUACACUAAUGACAAAAUUCAA